AUGCCUCUCUCACUCCUGACAAUCGCCAGCAUCCUCUUCGCAGGGACCAACGCGUCCGCCCUGACCGCUCGAGAGGCAGCCGCGACAGUGACCAUCAACCACGACCAGAGAUACCAGAUGAUGGACGGAUUCGGCUGCUCAGAUGCCUUCCAGCGGGCGGUGCAGCUGUCCAAGGUCACCGAGGCCCAAGAGCUGUAUGCGCUCGACCUGCUCUUCGGCACGACCAAGGGCGCCGGCCUCUCGAUCCUCCGCAACGGCAUCGGCUCCUCGCCCGAUAUGAGCGCUGGUUAUAUGGUAUCGAUCCAGCCCACGUCGCCGGGCGGUCCCACCAGCGCGCCGAAGAGGGCUUACGCAGACUACUUGGGGCAAUCUGUACAACACUACCAAGAAGCCAACGUGACGAUCACGCAUCUUGGGUUCGUCAAUGAGCCCGAUCUCACGUCACUACGCGUCAAUGCGCUUCUCAGGGACCCAAGCAGCAGACUUCAUCAAGGUGCUCGGCCCGACCCCCCAAAAGGCCAACCUGAGCGUCGGCAUCAACUGCUGCGACGCCGAGGGAUGGAGCAGCCAGUCGGGCAUGCUGGGGCACGCUCCGUCGACCAGUACCUCUCGACCAUCACGGCGCACUCGGACACGUCAUCGCACGGCUCGCCGUUGAACACGCGCCUCCGGGUGUGGCAGACCGAGGCCGCCGCCCUCAACGGCAACUGGCAGGCCGCGUGGUACAGCAGUGGUGGCACAACAUCUGCCAGGCCGCGGUCGGCGCCAACGCGUCGGCCUAGCUCCGUCGGGCGUUCCCACGGCGGCUUUCCUGAACGUGGAUGGGUCAAGGUCAGCGGAGGAGGCGGCUUGAAUGCGAGCGUUGCGACUGCGUUUCUGACCGACGACACGCACGACUUUAACAACACGGCCGUGUCGGUCAGCGGGGGUGUCGCCAGCGCCAGCGCGCCGGGACGAGCAACGGUCUCUAUCGUGCUUAGACAUAAUGGAUCCGAUUGCUCAUACUGGCACGCUGUGAAGUACUUGCCAGUCUAA